GUCAAAUAUCUAUAUAAACCCAAUAUAUAGACACAUGUAGUGAUCAGUCUUAAAAACGCAACAAAAACAAUGGCAAUCUUCCUCUACUUUCUCUUUACUCUUUCAAUAACUGCAUCUGCAAGUGCUUGUGAUAGAUGUCUGCAUCAAUCUAAAGCUGUUCUCUUCACCAAUGCUUCUGCUCUUUCAUAUGGAGCAUGUGGGUAUGGUUCAUUUGCUCCAAGCUUCUACAAUGGCCAUCUUGCUGCUGCUGUUCCUAGCAUCUUCAAAUCUGGGUCGGGUUGUGGAGCUUGUUUCCAGGUGAGAUGCAUGGAUAGUAAGCUGUGUUCCAAGUCUGGAACUCAGGUUAUAGUGACGGAUUUGAAUAACGACACAAAGACAGAAUUAGUGUUGAGUAGUAGAGCUUUAAUGGCGAUGGCCAACAAGGGUAUGGAGCAGAAGAUAUUAAAACUUGCUUCUGCCAACGUAGAAUAUAAAAGAGUACCUUGUGAUUACAAAGGCAAAAACCUGGGUGUGAGGGUGGAAGAAUCAAGCAACAAGUCACAUUAUCUUGCCAUCAAGUUCUUGUAUCAGGGUGGCCAGACCGAGAUUGUGGCCGUUGAUAUCGCCCGGGUUGGUUCGACAAAUUGGAGUUUCUUGACGAGAAAGUCGGGUGCUAUAUGGGAAACAAGUCGAGUUCCGGUUGGGGCAAUGCAAUUUCGGUUGGUGGUAACAUCCGGAUAUGAUCGAAAGAGGAUCUGGGCCAAGAGUGUCCUCCCGGCUAAUUGGAAUGUUGGAGUGGUGUAUGACUCCGGUGUACAAAUUGAUGACGUUGCUGAAGAAGGUUGUGGUAGUUGUGAUUAGAUUUAGUGAGUAUGAUGAUGAUGACUAUUCUCGUUUAGGAUAGUCAUGUUUGGUGUGAAUCAGGUUUUGUAUCAUUCUCGUUACAGAAAAUAAGAAUUCAAAGUAGAAUGUUUUAUUCAAUUCUAUGAUAAUGAUAAUUAAUUUUGAAGACAAAA